UCCUGAGUAGGUAGGUGAAGUGGUAGUUAGGUGCCUGAUCGAGCACAGUAUUGAGACGUCUGGACAAGGGUUUUCAGGUCCAAGGAAGUUGCUACAGUGAUUUGAGAAAAGUUAUCGGCUUGUACGUGUAGUGGGCCAGGUUUCGGAACGCCAUCUGGGAUAUGAUCCAGUAGCCAGCCUACUUUGCAAUGCUGAGGCAUUGCCAUAUCCCGCGUUUCUCGUCUGGUGGUCGGAGAAAGAUGCCAAAUGUUUCCUUUGGGAAAGAGAAAACUUCAUCCGACGUGGAGAAGCAGCCACUUGCCAGGGCAGAAGCCAAGGACGUUGCCACGGAACCGUUACCCCCUCAGAAAAUACUCAAGAUAUUUAGCAUCAACAUCAUUGCCCAGGGUUUGCCUUUCUGUCGCAGACGGAUGAAGAGAAAGUUGGACCAUGGCCCCGAGGUCCGAUCUUUCCCUUCAGGAAAAAAGCCCUGCAAAGGCUCUGACUAUUCAAGUCCGACAGGAAUUGUCCCAUGUCCGGCCACACCCACCACGUUUGGCCACAUCAGAGCAGCCAACGGUCAGGGGCAGCAGAGACGGCGCAUCACCUCCAUCCAGCCUCCCACGGGGCUCCAGGAAUGGCUCCGAACAUUUCAGAGCUGGACUGGCCCCGAGAAGCUGCUGGCGCUGGAUGAGUUGAUUGACAGCUGUGAGCCCACACAAGUCAAGCAUAUGAUGCAGGUGAUCGAGCCGCAGUUUCAGCGAGACUUCAUCUCCCUGCUGCCCAAAGAGCUGGCUUUGUAUGUGCUGUCGUUCCUGGAGCCGAAGGAUCUCCUCCAAGCGGCCCAGACGUGUCGCUACUGGCGCAUCCUGGCAGAAGACAACCUUCUGUGGAGGGAGAAAUGCAGGGAGGAAGGCAUCGAUGAGCCUCUGCCCCUUAAGAAGAGGAAAAUCGUCAAGCCUGGCUUCACCCACAGCCCCUGGAAGAGUGCCUACAUCAGGCAGCACAGAAUAGACACCAACUGGAGGAGAGGGGACCUCAAAUCACCCAAGGUGCUGAAAGGUCACGACGACCACGUGAUCACCUGCCUGCAGUUCUGUGGCAACCGCAUCGUCAGCGGCUCGGACGACAACACGCUCAAAGUGUGGUCGGCCAUCACGGGAAAGUGUUUGCGCACGUUGGUGGGUCACACCGGGGGCGUGUGGUCAUCCCAGAUGCGAGACAACAUUAUUAUCAGCGGCUCCACUGAUCGCACACUCAAGGUCUGGAACGCAGAGACAGGAGAAUGUAUCCACACCCUCUAUGGGCAUACCUCAACCGUGCGCUGCAUGCACCUACAUGAGAAACGGGUGGUCAGUGGCUCUCGUGACGCCACGCUACGCGUCUGGGACAUUGAGACCGGUCAGUGUUUACACGUCCUCAUGGGCCACGUGGCGGCGGUGCGCUGCGUGCAGUACGACGGGCGGCGGGUGGUCAGCGGUGCCUACGACUUCAUGGUCAAAGUGUGGGACCCCGAGACGGAGACCUGCCUCCACACGCUGCAGGGCCACACCAACAGAGUGUACUCCUUACAGUUUGAUGGGAUCCACGUGGUGAGCGGCUCUUUAGACACGUCCAUAAGGGUCUGGGACGUGGAGACGGGGAACUGCAUCCACACACUAACAGGACAUCAGUCCCUCACCAGCGGCAUGGAGCUCAAAGACAACAUCCUGGUCUCAGGCAACGCUGACUCCACUGUCAAGAUCUGGGACAUCAAGACGGGCCAGUGCCUGCAGACCCUGCAAGGCCCCCACAAGCACCAGAGCGCCGUGACGUGCCUCCAGUUCAACAAGAACUUUGUGAUCACCAGCUCGGACGACGGCACGGUCAAACUGUGGGACCUGAAGACGGGCGAGUUCAUCAGGAACCUGGUGACGCUGGAGAGCGGCGGCAGCGGGGGGGUGGUGUGGCGCAUCCGGGCCUCCAACACCAAGCUGGUGUGUGCGGUGGGCAGCCGCAACGGCACGGAGGAGACCAAGCUGCUGGUGCUGGACUUUGACGUGGACAUGAAGUGAGGCGGGGGGGAAGAGAGCGAGCCACGAGAGGGAGUGGGAGGUGAGGCCGAGAGAGAGAGGAGGGCCACAACUCUUCAUCCAAAUCUACCAACACCACCGCUGACCUCCACCAUCAUCUCCCCGUCCCCCUCUGGGCAAAUGUUACUGACCAAGCCUCUGACCCCUCACACGUGUUCAGCCCCCGCUCUGAGCCCCUGCCACCGAUACAUGGUGGAGCUGGAGGGGGGUCCGGCUGGAAAUGGGGCGAAGGAGAAGGAAGAAAAGGAACGACUGACGACGACUGAACUCUUUGAAGUGACUCUCAACCCUUUCGGUCUGGGGUCCGCUUCGCACAGAGACUUGGUUUCGCUCAAGCCUGACAGAUUUUGAGAUGUACAGAGAUAUAUUAUUUUUUAAAGCCCCCCACCUCACAACCCCCUCCCAUCAGUGCGCGCCCACACACACAUACACUCAAACGGCCAAGUGGAAGUCAUUGUAGGAGAAGGCAGAGGAAGGUGGAGACGUUUUAAAGUAGAUUUCCGCUCAGCUCCACCUGCAGAGAGCUGUAAACAGGUCUCUCACUCCGUUCUCUCUGCACCCGGUUUCUAUCGUUUCUUUACAGUAUCGCACACAACCACAACUGUGAAUUUCAAUACGUGCUUGGUUUAUCAUAUGAAAGGGGUUUCUUUAAUGUUGUUUUUUUUCUUCUUUCUUUGCGGUUGCCAACAGCAACAAAUCCCAGUAUUAGAAACCUACCCGGUUUAGGUUUGCUGUCAUUAUGUCACAAAGGUUUUUUUUUUUCCUCUUUUUAAUCGAGUUGUUUGUUCUUCCUUUCUGUUUUCCACAUACCUUGGUUCAGAGCUCUGCCUCCACACAAACAUCUACGCUGUCCAGAGUUUAGUCUGGGGGGGUGGGGGUGUUUCCCUCGGUGCCAGAGCUGUGACUGGAGGAAGUGAAGCUCCAAGCGCUGAGGAUUAAUGACCCGACCCCCCCCGAGCCCCUUCCCCCUCUAAUGUUUUCUCCCAGUGGCCAAACUGUAUUUAUGCUGCUAGAUAAAUAGAAAAAGAGAGAUGGAACUUUUACUUGCUGUGACGUUUUAGUCCCAGGCAAAAUUCCAAAUUGAACUCUUAUAUGUUUGGACUUAAAGAAACAAAAGAUCACAAAAGAUAACAUCUGACAUUUUAGUUUUGUUUGUUUGUUUUUGCCACUUGAGCCAAACGUGCCUCUACGAGGCUGAGCGGAGGGAGCGUGUCGGACAGAUUCUGACAGGAUGCCCGCAGAGAGGAAACCAAGGGGAUGUACACUGUUGGUGCGUGUGCGUGCGUGCAUGAGUGCGUGUGUUAGCGUGUUAACGGGCAACUUGUAAACACAUUCCUUGGGACAACGCUCUUUCAGCCUGGUCUCUGGGGAAAUGUACAAAUGUUGUGUGGACUGGCAAAGAAAAAAAACUAGCAUCGAUUUUAACAUGUGAAUGAGAGACCUGUCCGUAUCCGUGCGUGAGUGUUGUUCAUUCAAAGAUGUCUGAAGCAACAGAGGAGACCGUCACGAGCUCCGCUGAGAGGUGGAGCUGCCAGGAGUCUAAGUGUUACAUGUGUUGCAGAUGAAAUCACUGCCUCCAGGAUUCUCAGUGGGGGAAAAUAAAAACACAAAAGGCAACAAACAGAAACAUUGUAGCCAAAUGAAAAAUCGUCUCAAUCUCCAAGAGUCACAACUCAAGCUGAACUGUGAAAGUGGUAUAACACUGUAUAUUAAAAAAGAAAACAAUCUUGCUCUAUCUCCUCUCGUUGUUUUCUCCAUCUGUUUUAAUUUAUGAUCUGGUUUGAGAAAUCAGAUUUGUUGCAGGUGUUUUAUUUUUUCAGUUCAUGUAAACUGCCUGGCAAAAAAGAAAACGGACAGAAAAAACCUUAAAAGGGAUUGUGUAUUUGUUUGAUUCACUUAGAAUUUUAUUUUCUUAUAACUUAAGUGCAAUAAAAUGUGGGUUUUUCUUUUUUCAUUUCAAGCAUAUCAGUUGUCUGUUUUUGUUACCUGUGUGAAGGCAUCUUAUAUGUUCAAUAAAGCAAAUUAUUUGGUUAAUUACA